AUCAGCUUGGUGUCACAUGAUGUCUGUGUACCUGACUGUCAAUUAGGAGUAAAGGACUGUUUUCUUUCAUAAAGCCGAUUCAAAUAGACUCACCAUAUGAGAGGAUGGCCCCACCUUUGGCAAGAUCUGCUCCAGGUGAGCUCAACCAUUGGUGGAGCCAGCUUAGGUUCCGCCUCCAGAACAGGAAGGGGUGGAAAGAGACGCUGGAUGAAACUUUUUUGCUGCAGAACAAAAGGACAAAUGACAUCCCUCUCUUCUUUGCGGCCAAAGAGAACAGUGCAGGUUGCAUUAAGAAACUUCUGGACUGUGCAUCCACUAACAUAUUUGAGAGAGGUGCUCUGGGGGAGACAGCGCUGCAUGUGGCAGUUCUGAAUGAUAACAUGGAUGCUGCCAUAGCUCUGAUGGACGGAGCACCUGAACUCAUCAAUGAGCCCAUGACCUCUGACCUCUUCCUUGGCAUGACACCUCUCCACAUUGCUGUGGUGAAUCAGAACUUUAACCUGGUCCGCAGUCUGAUUGGUAAAGGGGCGGAUGUGGCCACGCCCAGAGUCACAGGCCUGUACUUCAGGAAGAGAAGAGGAGGGCUGCUCUACUAUGGUGAGCACAUCCUGGCAUUUGCGGCCUGUGUGGGGAAUCAGGACAUCAUCUCCAUGGUGAUCAACGCAGGAGCCAGCACCAGGGCCCAGGACUCCAUUGGUAACACAGUGCUCCACAUCCUGGUCCUGCAGCCCAAUAAGACUUUAGCAUGCCUGGCGUUGGAUCUGCUGUUGGCAUGUGACGUUGAGCUGGACCAGACUGUGCCACUGGACAUGGUGCCCAACUAUCGUGGCUUAACGCCCUUCAAACUGGCUGCCAAGGAGGGCAACCUUGUGGCCUUCCAGCACCUGGUCAACCGGAGGCGAGUCGUCCAGUGGAACCUGGGACCACUGACCUCUAACCUCUAUGACCUCUCAGAGAUCGACUCCUUGGUCGCCGACGACGACCUCUCUGUGCUGGAGCUCAUCGUGGGCAGCCAGAGGAGAGAGGCAAGAAGGAUACUGGAAGUGACUCCUGUUCGGCAAUUGGUCAGUCUCAAGUGGAACCUCUAUGGAAAACACUACUUUAGAUUGUUGCUGCUGCUGUACCUCCUGUACAUUGGGACCUUCACACUGUGUUGUGUGUAUCGCCCUCUAAAGGACGCUCCAGAGAAUUACACUGUAUCUGACAUGGACAAAACCAUCCGUGUGCAGAAAACUCUGAAGGAGAGUUAUGUGACCUAUGGGGACAACUUGCGUCUGGCAGGAGAGAUGAUCAGUGUCCUGGGUGCCCUGGUUAUUCUGCUACUGGAGAUCCCAGAUAUGCUGAGAGUGGGGGCCAAGCAGUACUUUGGACAGACGGCCCUGGGGGGACCCUUCCAUGUCAUUCUUAUUGCCUAUGCGUUCCUGGUGGUGCUGCUGUGUGUGUUCAGGGUCAGUGGGGUGCAGGGGGAGGCAGUUGUCAUGGCUGUGUGUCUGGUGCUGGGCUGGAGCAACGUCAUGUUCUUCGCCCGGGGCUUUCAGAUGCUGGGGCCUUACGUCAUCAUGAUACAGAAGAUUAUAUUUGGAGACCUGACCAAGUUCAUGUGGCUGAGCUUCAUCGUGCUCAUGGGGUUUUCCACCUCCCUGUGGAUGGUGUACAUGACUCAGGACCCAGGCUCUCUACCUGCGUUCCGCUCCUUCCCCAUCACUCUGUUCUCCCUGUUUGAGCUGAGUGUGGGUCUGAUAGACCUGCCAGUGGACCACACCAUCACAACGCCCCCUAUUGUCCAUGUGCUGCACUGCACCUUCUCUGUGGCCUGCAUGCUGCUGCUCAACCUGCUCAUAGCCAUGAUGAUUGAUACACAACGGAGAGUUGCCCAGGAGAGGGAUGAGCUCUGGAGGAUACAGGUGGUGGCCACUACCCUGAUGUUGGAGAGGAGGUUGCCCCGCUGCCUGUGGCCCCGGCUGGGGGUGUGUGGACUGCUCUACGGCCUGGGGGAGCGGUGGUACCUCCGGGUUGAGGAUCGCAACGACCCACUGGUGCAAAAGAUGCGUCGCUACAUCCAAGCCUUCUCUAAGGAUGAGGACCAGAGGAAGGAGCGGGAGGAGAUGGAGAACACUGACACGUCAAAAGGACCUGGAAACCUGGCAUUCUUGCAGAUGAUUCACCACAACUCUCUGGGUUUAGACAUGGAACAGGAAGAGGAUGACCAGGAAGUAAGAUAGAUCUGAGGUUUAAGACAGUAAAACAGAUCAUUAUAUUGUUAUUAUAUAAUAUAUGUGUGAUGCAAGUGUCAUGACGUUGGCCUCUUUGGGUAUAGCAAGCCCCAUCCCCCUCUCCCUGCCUCCCCCUUUCCUCUUUCAACUAGGUUGCUGUGGUCAAAGAGACAUUGUAAAUUCCUAAGGGUCUCCUCAUGGACACACAGUAUUGUUAGCAAAAUUAUGAUUAAAUGACUGAACAAAUCAUUUUAAAUGGAACUGUAACUAAGUAAACUUAUACUCUGUUUUAUUAUAUCUGAUUAACAGUAUGAGUUCAUAAGAAGGGAUUGUGUGACACGGACAAGGAGUAAUUAAAGUUAAUGAACACCAUUCCAACUAGGAAGAAAGGAAUGGUUUGUGGAUGAAGUAAACAGAUAAGGUAGUUAACCUAUGGUUGAACCGACGAAACUGAGCUCUGGGGUGUUUUAGAUAAGGCAGUGAGUGCAAAACUAGGUUUUCUGUUAAUUAGAACUGUCAGCUAAGUGGUGAUCGAUAAUGGUGAGGAGUCAAAAGUUAAUUCAGUUUUGUUGUGUCCUGUGUAUGUGCUAGGGGGUCAGAAUUAACUUUGAAUUAAACUUUUAAAGUUCCCUUUGUUCCAGUCUGGAGGAGGAGAUUCAUUUUUUAAGCAAUGAAAUGAUGUCAGGUUAUUGUAUAUAAACUGUUGCUCGUGGUAACGUGGCAGCGUGCUCUGAGAAUAAAUUAUGUUACCUAUU